CAGCGGCUUGCGUUGGGGAAUAAACAUGUUUUAUCUAAUACCCCCAUGGACAACGAGCAAGCUUUAAUUACAGGUGUACCGCCACUGGUUAUUUUCGUGCUGUUUAAUAUUUUAAUAAAUGCUAGACAAAUUCUCCGCAGAACAGUUUUGUACUCGGGCGAAUCAGGUUGUUCAGCUGCGAAAAAAUGUCGUAUUCUCUAUCAUUAGACCGAUUUGCCGGAAAAGUCGCUGUAGUGACUGGAGCCUCCUCAGGAAUUGGCAAAGCCAUAGUGGAAGGAUUGGUGAAGUACGGAGUAACUGUUGCAGGCUUGGCCAGAAGAGUGGAGCGAAUUGAAGCCCAUGCCAAAGAACUGGCUGGAGCCAAAGGUAUUAGUGUGUAUCCUGCGAGCAAAUUUGCGCUCAGAGCCCUAACUGAGUCGGUCAGAUUGGAAAUCAACCGGGAGAAACUGCCCAUAAAAAUCACUAGUAUUAGUCCUGGAGCCGUCGACACUGAGUUCAUGUGACAUAAAACCGCAAAGCACCAAGAAGUUGGCUUAUCGGCGACACAAUUACAGACAGGACAGACAAAGUACAUAAGUAACAAUAAAAUAUUCGUAGACUUCUUCGAAAAUUAAGUUAUAAACUGGCCUACGUGCCAUUUCUAUUUUAUUAUUUUUCGGUCGACCGACAACAACAAUUCUUUUCACAGUGAGGUUAGAUCAAGUCUUUAAACGGCGUUUAAAGCUAUAAACGCCCAAAAUCGGCCAGUUCGUUUCUUUAAACGCGUUUAAGCACAAACUAAGUUUAAGGUUCUGGUAAAAUCCGUUUCGCGCGUCAAACUGAGUUUCAGACGUUAAACUGGUUUAAGAUCGCUUGAUGAAAAUGGGCCUUAAUCUCUGAUGAUCUUGUAAAAUUGUUAAUAGAGUUUCAAUAAGAGACGCACUGCUUUUCUAUGUACAAUGACCUUUCAAGUGUUUAAGUGAGAAAUUGUCUGAAACUGAUGCGUUAGGCCCAUUUUCAUCAGAAACAAGCGAAACGCAGUUUGACGAAACUAAGUUUAUGUUAAACACCGAAAUUAAACGCGUUUAACGACGAACCGUUUUCACCAGCGCUUCGGCACGUUUCACAAACUGCUUUUAUUGAAACGCAGUUUAAGAAACUGGAAACACUGGCAUCGUUGCAAAAGUGAAAAAUAUUACGAUUCUGAUCGCAAAAUCAUCUUAUCAAGGAAUCAUUUGGGUCCAUGACGUCAAUAAUCCGUUAUCAAACCCAAACUUCCUGCUCGAACUAACCGUAAAAUUUUAAAGUUUGCUUUGUUUAUGCACGAUUUGUGCAUUCGUGUAUGGCUUAUGAAUGGUAUACAGGUUUUUAUUAGAUUUUCUAUUUGAAAAGUUACUUAAACAAGUAGAAAAUUAAGUCCUGCGGACGCCCUUUCAGAUCCGAGUCAGGGAGGAUUUUACUGGGUAAACAUGUCAGCUGGAAUCUCACAAAACCCAGAACACCAGCUCUAUCGCGGAGCUCACCCCAUGUACAAUUGGAUGUGAUGUAGUUGUGCUGAAACCCUUAAAAUCUCUAGCAGAAAUUUGCAUGCAUUCUGUGA